GUUAUAGGUUGUACCUGUCGAGUUAGUCAAACAGCCAUCAUUUUGUCAAGCCUGAUACCUCUACUAUUGAUGAUACCUGUAUUCUGUUUGGGCAAUGCCAGUGAAUGUUUCCGCAACUUCAGCCAGAGCCACAGGUGUCUCCUGAUGUACUCACCACCAACAGCCAUGGCUAAAGUCCUGCCUUCUGCCAACACAUCAGUCUGUAGCACACUUUAUUUUUAUGGGCUUAUCAUUUUCCUGGCCAGCUUUCUACUCAGCCUCCUCACCAUUGUGGUCUUACUCAUUCAAGCCCAGACACUUUAUAAGAAGUUUCUGAAAUCGACUGGCUUUCUGGGGAGUGAACAGUGGGCAGUGAUUCACAUUGUGGAGCAUCGAGUACGCUUCUACCCAGUGGCCUUCUUUUGCUGCUGGAGCCCAGCUGUCAUUCUGAUGAUCAUAAAGAUGACUAAGCCACAGGACACCAAACUUCACAUGGCCCUCUAUGUUCUCCAGGCUCUAACAGCAUCAUCUCAGGGGCUUCUCAACUGUGGAGUAUACAGCUGGACACAGUACAAGUCCUACCAACUAAAGCAAGAAGCUCGGCAUGAUGCAGACACCCAGACACCAUUAUUAUGCUCACAGAAGAGAUUCUAUAGCAGAGGCCUAGAUCCACUGGAGUCUACCAUUGCUUUUGCUACUAGCACCUCCACCAUUCUUUGAAACUGUAAAACUGGAACAUCCAGAACUGGAAUGAUUCUACACUAAUGGUUUGAGAAGAAUGUUUGGGAAGAACAUCUUGAGUCUUUUCUAACCAUGCCUUAAACUAUGGAAGUGAAAGGGAGUGUAGUGCCAUGGUUAGUAGCUAACUCUAGGUGAAGUGGGUGGGAUCUAAUCAUUAUUCUCAGAUUCACAAGUAAAGUCACUAUUCAGGGAGAUGAAGCCACUUUCCACCUAAGAGAUAGACUCAUAUUAUUUCAAUAGAUAUUAGAUUUGUCUAAGUCUCUUCUACAAAAAAUAAAUUCCAAGCUAUUAUU